UGUAUUAUAACCCCUCGAAUCAAUACAACAAACAUCGUCUACAGUUUUUGCCUAUAUUUUAUAAAGAACUUUUUAUCAAUUUAAAAACUAUCUAAGAAAAAUGUGUGAGUCGGUCGGGGAAAGUACCUCAUCGCUAUCCUCGUUCAUAUCCCGCUCGUCGUCUUCCUCUUCGCGAUUGAGUGAUUUUGUGGAUGCCAAGACAGAACUGCAGGAUAUAUACCAUGAUAUGAGCACAUACAUAUCGGGGUUUUUAACCCUGAUAGAGGAUAAUGUUCUUUUGAAGGAUCUGGAAAUGCUGGAGCAACUUCGUAUCUUUGCGAGCAAAGUGGAGGCUAUUGAAAAGGUACUUUUGCGGAACCGAAUGAAGGUGGCCUUUUUCGGUCGCACCUCAAAUGGAAAGAGUGCUGUGAUCAAUGCCUUGCUGCAUGAGAAAAUCCUGCCCAGCGCCAUGGGUCACACCACCAGUUGUUUUUGCCAGGUGCAGGCCAACGGUUCAGAUGAAGCCGAGCAUGUGAAGAUCGAGCAGGAGGAGCAGCUGGAGCUGAGUGCCCUGAAUGAGCUGGCCAGUGCCCAUUCUCCAAGGGCACUGAAACCCAGGACUCUGCUGCAAGUAAACACCCAGAGUCGCUGCCCCCUUUUGGAUUACGAUGUGGUUUUGAUGGAUACACCUGGUGUGGAUGUCACUGCUCAAUUGGAUGACUGUCUGGAUAACUAUUGCAUGGAUGCGGAUGUUUUCAUUCUAGUGCUCAACGCGGAGUCCACUGUUUCCCGCGUUGAAAAGCAGUUCUUCAAGGAGGUGGCCUCAAAGCUAUCGCGUCCUAACCUCUUUAUACUUAACAAUCGAUGGGAUGUGGCCAGCAAUCAGGAACCGGAAAUGGACAUGGUGAAGGAUCAGCAUAUGGAGCGCUGCCUUAGGCUUCUUAUAGAUGAACUGGGUGUUUAUUCAAAUGAGGAGCAAGCCAGGAAGAGGAUAUAUCAUGUCUCGGCUUUGGAGGCUCUACAAUUGAGGAACGGUUGCAAUCGGAAUCCCACACAAACACAAGAGCGAUAUCUGGAGUUCCAGCGAUUCGAAAAUGAUUUCUCCAACUGCCUAGCGGAGUCUGCUUUAAGAACCAAGUUCGGGCAACACUUGCUAAGUGCCCAGGAGAUGUUAACCCAGUUGGAGGCCACUUUGAUAAGUCCUCUUAUAGUUAAAGUGAGUCAACUAAUGAAGGAAAACAGGGAGAGAAGAACAGACUUAUAUAGGGAAAUGGGAUCGAGAAAGGCAGAUAGAAGGGCGAAGUGAAGCUCUUGAAAUGCGAUUUCAGAACUUAGUGAACUGACAAUAGGAGUGGGUCAAUGCGUUUUAAAAGACCAGAUCAACAGAAUUAUACCUCGUCUGUGCAAUCCUUUCGCACCCAUUUCACCCGAAGUUACCCAGGCACUUAGCCACUACCAACGCGCUUUGAGUGCCCAGUUGGAUGGUCUCCUCAACGAUGGAGUCCUGGAACGUCUAUCUCUACUUCUGCAAACUAGACUUUGUCAAUUGAGAUGAAUUCCAGGGUCACCCAGCGAAGAAACCCUAAACUGGCAACUCAUCUAUAGAGUGGAUUGUCAAUUCUAUAUGCGUGACUUUCAGCCAGAUCUAAGGUUUCGGUUUUCCUGGGGCAUGGCUGCCCUUUGGCAUCGUCUUCGGGCAAAGCUUAUACUGCCCUCCAAUCCAAUUCACAAUCGAAAGUUACUCAAUGGUCACAAAGAAGCGCCGCCUGCGCCUCCUUUAGUUCGAAAUAAUUUUCAGAUGAUCGCCUCCUUGAUAAAGUCCGAAGGAAGCAUUGGAACCCUAUUGCUGAGUGGCCUGGCGUUCCGUUCGGUCAGCUGGCCAGCCGUCUUGGUCCUGGGAAGCCUCGUGGGAACCAUGUAUCUAUACGAGCUGCUCAGCUGGACCAGCGCUCAAGAGCGGAGCUUCAAGAGCCAGUACUCCAGGCACUUGCAGCAAAAACUGCGGGCGGGAGUGCAGCAGACCGUCAGCGGUUUUGAGUUGCAGAUGCGACAGCAGCUGGCAAAAGUCCAAAACUGGUGGAUAGCCGAAACGGUGGAGAUUAGGAAUGACCUGGACGUGAGGAUCUCGGAGCUGAGCAAACAAAUAAAAUCGAUGGAAGAGUUGCAGCUGAACUUGAAGAAGUUUCGGGACAGGGGAAAUCUGCUGGCUAUACGGUUGGGAGAAUUUCAAGAGCUCUAUUUAAGCAGCAGGUGUUGAAGAUUCCGAGAGGGUUUUAUAAGAUAUUGUUAUAUUUUUGGGGAAUGUUUAAUUUGU